ACAGUACAUACAUAAAAGAGCAAAGGGAAUCUAGUUUUCAGCCAGAAACAUUUUUUCUCAGCCAGAAACAUAAUUAAUCUCUUGGAUACCCACUGGUUGUUGCAGUCUCCCUUGCUGGAUCACGGCCUCGAAGCUUUGCCUCUUACUGCUUUUACCUGCCCGGCACCACAAGAGUCCGCUGGACUGAUUGACUUGAUUUGGAACCGACAAAAAAACAAAGUCUUGUCUGUCUCCCUUGCGGAUGAAUUAAAAGACAAGGAAGACACGCCAAUCUCAGGUCGAUCGUUGAACUCAGGGAGGGAAAACAAACGACGAAACGAGACAGCCCUUUUUGUCUUUUUCUUCCUUUUCCCCUUCCUUCUUUUGCCUUCUUAUUCUCACAUUGUGAAUCAGGUCCAUCAGCUGAGCUGUUUUGCUCUGGAUCUAGUCUCACCAGCUCGUACUUGAUUUGAGUCUCCGCCCCCCCAACGACGCCUCGCCGGAAAAUAGCCUGUCUCUUUGCAAAAGACACACACGUUCUCUCUUUGCUCUCUCUUGCCCCUUCUCUCUGUGUACUACCACUACCACAAUCAACAAUCUUGUUUUCCCUUCCAUUUCUUUGAUCUGAAUUGAGAAAAUCAGAACCAUGGCGACCUCAUCAAACGGCACCCGUCCUGGAAUUGGGGCCAAUGGUCACUCCAAUGGCUUGAAUGGGGCGAACGGCCGACGGCCUAGUUUCUUUGAAGAUUAUGGCCUGUGGAAGGAAGCACCUGUCCUGACGGGGAGCACCAAGUUUGAGCCUCUCCCGGAUGUGAAGAAUAUCAUGAUCACUGGAGGAGCUGGCUUCAUUGCUUGCUGGCUCGUCCGCCAUUUGACGCUGACGUACCCCCAUGCGUACAACAUCGUCUCGUUCGACAAGCUGGACUACUGCUCGUCGCUCAACAACACGCGCAUGCUCAACGACAAGCGCAACUUCACCUUCUACCAGGGUGACAUUACCAACCCAGACGAAGUGGUGGGCUGCCUCGAGCGGCACAACAUCGACACCAUUUUCCAUUUCGCAGCACAGUCGCAUGUGGAUCUCAGCUUCGGCAACUCGUACGGCUUCACCCACACCAACGUGUACGGCACACACGUGCUCCUCGAGAGCGCCAAGAAGGUGGGCAUCAAGCGCUUCAUCCACAUCUCGACGGACGAGGUGUACGGCGAGGUCAAGGAUGACGACGACGACCUCCUCGAGAGCAGCAUCCUCGCCCCGACCAACCCCUACGCCGCCUCCAAGGCCGCCGCCGAGAUGCUCGUGCACUCGUACCAGAAGAGCUUCAAGCUCCCCGUCAUCAUCGUGCGCAGCAACAACGUCUACGGGCCGCACCAGUACCCAGAGAAGAUCAUCCCCAAGUUCAGCUGUCUGCUGAACCGCGGCCAACCCGUCGUACUACACGGUGAUGGCAGCCCCACCCGCCGCUACCUCUUCGCCGGUGAUGCUGCCGACGCCUUCGACACCAUCCUGCACAAGGGUCAAAUGGGCCAGGUCUACAACGUCGGCUCCUACGACGAGAUCUCCAACCUGACCCUGUGCAGCAAGCUGCUCGCCGAGAUGGGCAUCCCCCACGAGACCCAGGACGAGCUCCAGAAGUGGGUCAAGUACACCCACGACCGCCCCUUCAACGACCACCGCUAUGCUGUCGACGGCACCAAGCUGCGCCAGCUCGGCUGGGACCAGAAGACCUCCUUCGCCGACGGCCUGCGUAUCACCGUCCAAUGGUACCGCCGUUUCGGCGAAGCCUGGUGGGGUGACAUCUCCAAGGUCCUGUCGCCUUUCCCCGUUGUCUCCGGCACCGAUGUCAUAUCCGACAAGGAGCCUGUAACCGACGUGCCACAGCCCAAGAAGCGCAAGGUCAGCGACCUGAAUGGGUCCAACGGUAAGACCUUCCAGGUCUCUUGAGGGGAAAAAAAGAAAUUUAGUUUUUCUUGUUGUUUUCGAUCAUGGAUGAGUACAGGGUUUGGGGUGAACGGGGAUUUAAAUGAUUUUGGUUUGGGGGUGGAGAUAAGGGACAGGACAACGUAAGGAUUUUUUUUUAUUGGGAUUUUCACGGCGUUCUCAGGGUAGAGUCAGAGGGGGUACGGAGGGAUGGGGCAAAUCCUCAUGUUUUGGAUUGCUUGUAGUAUGCCUCUUCAGUAAGUAUGCAGAGCACAGUAUCGAGCAAUAAAAUACAUCUCGCUUGUCUU